CCUGAGGCAGGAAACCCAGCGGUUGCACUCAGUGAACAUCCCCUUUUUCCUUCUCCCUUAACCUCUUUCUCUCUCUCUCAGACGCAUCCAGACUGACCCGUACAGCUGGUGGGAUGCUGGCCUUUCUGAGGGGAGCUGUGCAGCCGGUGACAGUCUGCAGGGCAAGGGAUAUUGUCCAGAAACGCAACUCCAGCAUCUACAGCAAGCCACCCAAAAGCAAGAUCGGACCUGGGCAAAGUUUCUUGAUUAUGUCUGUGUUUGCCGUUGCCCUCCUGGCCCCUGCCGGGUGGAUUCUGCACCACAUCCCAGAAUAUCGGCAGAGAGCAAAACCCCCACCAUCCUGAAGAAUGCACACUGGUGUACCACAUCAGACCUGGCUGCCUCUAAAGCAUUAUUCACCUCCAGUGAAAAAUUUAGAUCUUUAAAGCAUACAACAUCACGAGCAACAUCACAAGUAAUAAAAUAAUAUGUAUAAGAAUACAUUAAUAAAAUUAUCCGGUAAUAUGGUUAAACAAUUGUUUGCCCUAUUUGAAUCUAAUGAGAAAUAAUUUCAUGGUGUUUAAUGCCUUAGGACUGUGGCCCUUAAUGCCAUUGUAAGCAGUGGCCCUUACUACAUGCAAAAUGACUGCUUUUUCCUGUAAUAAAGUUUUUUUUAUAUCA